AUGGUCGAUUCAUUAGCAUCUUUCUUUUGUCCAAUUAUUCGUGAACUCAUAAUAGAUCCAGCCAUUGAUCCUGAUGGUAACAGUUAUGAAAAGAAUGUAAUUGAAGAUUGCAUUCGUCGAAGUGAUACAUCAUCAAUAACUCGUACUCCUCUUUCUAUCGAUGAUCUACGAUCAAAUCAAGCUCUUAAAAUGGCUAUUGAUGAAUAUCGUCAGUCAGUUAAAUUAGAUAUUAAAUCAAGUCCUAUUCUAACAAAAGUACAUUCAUCUGAAAUAAAAGUAUCUGCAAGUCAUACAAAUGAUUUUGUUCACAUCUCAAUUCAACCUCCAAAAGAUGAAAUUCGUUCUUCAUGUGAUAUUUGUUGUGUAGUUGAUACUUCAGGUUCAAUGCAAGCUGCAGCUGAAAUUCAAAAUGAUAAAAAUGAACAGUAUGGUUUAUCACAGUUAGAUUUGGUUAAACAUGCUCUAAAGACAAUCAUAAGUUCUCUUCAAGGUCAAGAUCGACUAUCACUUGUAUCAUACUCAGAUAACGCUAAUAUCUUGCUUCAUUUAACAAAAAUGGAUGAUGAAGGAAAAUCAAAAGCUUUAUCAGCAAUUGAACACUUAUCGGUUAGUAGUCCAUAUCAGAGUACAUAG